CGCCUGCCUGGGAGGGGGAGGAGGAUGAGGCUGCUGAGCUGGAACGUGAACGGGCUCCGGGCGUGGGCCGGGGCCGGGGCGCUGAGGCCGCUGCUGGAGUCCUUGGGGGCGGAUGUCAUCUGCCUGCAGGAGACCAAGGUGACACGAGACCUGCUUGAGGAGCCAUUGGCUAUAGUGGAGGGCUACAACUCUUAUUUUAGCUUCAGCCGAACACGCAGUGGCUACUCAGGUGUUGCCACCUUUUGUAAAGCCAGUGCUACUCCAGAGGCGGCUGAGGAGGGCCUGUCGGGGCUGUGGACCAAGCAUGAGGGAGCUGUGGGUUGUUAUGGAGACCUGGGGGAAUUCACCACAGAGGAGCUCCAGGCACUGGACAGCGAAGGUCGGGCGGUCAUCACCCGCCAUCGGAUUUGCACUUCAGAACAGCAGGAGACCACCCUGACAGUCAUCAACGUAUACUGUCCCCGUGCUGACCCUGAAAAGCCAGAACGAGGAGACUUCAAGCUGCGCUUCUACCACCUCCUUCAGACCAGGGCGGAGGCUCUUCUUAGAGCUGGGGGCCAUGUUGUCAUCAUGGGAGACAUCAAUACUGCACACAAAUCCAUUGAUCACUGUGACCCAGGAGAUAUGGAAUCCUUUCAUGAGCAUCCUGGUCGCCGCUGGUUAGACGGUUUCCUGUGGGAGCCAGGGAAAGAUUCCCUACAUGGAGGACUCUUUGUUGAUACCUUCCGCUUUCUCCACCCUACUCAGGAGGAUGCCUAUACCUGCUGGUGCAACGUGACAGGGUCACGGCACCUCAAUUACGGGACCCGCAUUGACUACAUCUUGGCCGAUUGUGCCCUUGUGUUGUCAGAGCUGAAAGAAGCCCAGCUCAGGCCAGAAGUGUUAGGCUCUGACCACUGUCCUGUACAGGCUGUGUUGAAAAGUGUCUGUCUGGGGGCUCCCCGCUGCCCACCCCUUUGUGCCCGUUUCCUGCCUGAGUUUGCUGGCACCCAGCAGAAACUCAACCGCUUCCUGGUGAAAGUGGAACGGAAUGGCCUGCCGGAAAAGGGGCAGAAGCGGGACUUGGUGGAACCGAGUGCAGUGAUGGAAGUUUCCAAAAAGAGUCGGACUGGCCUGUCACGGAAGGGGCAAGGUGAUUUGCGCAGCUUCUUCAAAGUUGGGAACAGCCAGGGUGGCAACACUGACAGUGCUGGGUACCAGUCAGAAAUGAACAUGUUGCAGAGGGCAGCAGAAGAUUUUGGGAAAGAACCUCCUGCUAAGACUGCUGAAAGGACAGCUGAUGAACAUGGCAUGGAGGACGUUGCCACUGUAACCCAGGUGCCUCUUGGGGUUUUGGGAGAGGAGUCCUCUAUAGGAGUGACCAAUGAGGGAACCAGGAAUUGUGAGAAAGAUGUAGUUCCCUCCAAGCCAAAUCAAUCUGCUGCCUUAUGGAAAUCCCUGCUGCCUGGUCCUGCUCGUCCACCAUGCUGCAAAGCCCAUGGGGAGCCCUGCGUCCUCCGGACAGUGAAGAAACCAGGGCCUAACUGUGGGCGGCGCUUUUAUGUCUGUGCCCGUCCCCUCGGGAAGUCCUCUGAUCCCCGUGCCCGCUGUGACUUCUUUCUCUGGGCCAGUCGGGGCAAUUCUUAAAAGAGAAGGUGACGUGACAUUAUAGGAUAUUGUACCUUUGGUGAUUCCAGAAUCAAGAAGCAGCACUCUUGCUCUCUAAUGGUUAAGACCAUGAUUGGCCUACCUCUUAAGAAAGAAAGAUCCUAAUCCCCUGGUAAGCUCUUCCUUACUGCCAGUUAGUCACGUGUGCUCUGGGCAAAAUUCUUGUGGGAUCCCAUUUGGGGUGGGCCUAUGGAAGCAUGUAUUCACACUAGGACACAAUGGAGCUUACCUUGAACCACGGAGAAAGUUGAGUAGGCCUUAAAGAGAAAUCGGGGCAUCAUUUGAAGUGUUAGAUUUUCAUUAAAAAAAGAAUCUUCAGCGAAUCUCUUGGUGUCAGGGUGCACACUGUCCUUGGAGAUGCCUGGACAGGCAUAUUUGAAUCUUUAGUGAGCAAUUCAAAAUGGCUGUAUUGUGGGAAUGGUGCAGAUUUUUCUUUGUCUCUAAAAGUACCAAACUCCUAAUAAUAUGUCCUUGCUGGGAAAUACCCUCUUUUUCUUUGGGGAGGGAUGAAAAAGAAACUUUUUUUACUUUUGAUAAAAUAAAGAUGUUGACAUUAACACUC